CCCGCCCCGGGGCGGAGCGGAGCGGCGGCCGCUGAAGGAAUUGUCAUCACUAUGAAAACCAACAUCCUGUGAGAAGUUUUUUCCAAGCUUUCUGCCUCAUCACCUGCUGUGCUCAUCAGAUAAACUGUGCCCUGAGCUCUCCAGGGGAGGGGUUUGUGUUUGGGAAGACAUGGCUUUCCAUGGAUGGAAGUGGCUCUUCCUUGUGGGCAGGCAGAACAGUUUCGCCAAGGCUUGGAGGAGCAGGAGGGGAGGUCCCCCUCUGUGCUGGAAGCGCUGCUGCCAUUGGAAUGCUGGCAAGUCUUUGGACCCUGAGGUGAGAGCAUUUUUGGAGGAGAAUACGGAGGUCACCAGCAGUGGGCAUCUCACACCAGAGAUACGACUACGCCUCCUCACCCCUCGCUGCAGGUUCUGGAAGGAAAAACCUGACCUGUGGCCUUACGGGGAUCCAUUCUGGGCAAUUUACUGGCCAGGAGGCCAAGCCCUCUCCAGGUAUAUUUUAGAUAAUCCAUGUGUUGUUAAAGGACGAUCAGUUUUGGAUCUAGGAAGUGGAUGUGGAGCAACAGCAAUAGCUGCUGUGAUGAGUGGUGCAUCACAAGUCCUUGCUAAUGACAUCGACCCUAUUGCAGGAAUGGCGAUGAUCUUGAACUGUGAACUGAACCACCUCAAUCCCUUCCCCAUCACCAUUAAGAACAUUAUUAAUUCAGAGGUUGGCAACUGGGACCUCAUUUUUCUAGGAGAUAUGUUUUAUGAUGAACAACUCGCUGAUAGUCUGCAUCACUGGCUAAGGACAUGCAUUAGGUUACAGCAAACUGAAGUGCUCAUUGGUGACCCUGGCAGGCAUCAGUUUUUAAGCCACAGCAUUCGCAGUGAGUUGCACAAAGUUAUAGAAUACUCACUUCCUGAAUAUACUAGGCAAGAAAACUAUGGAUUAACAUCAAGUAUCGUCUGGAGUUAUCAGCCCUCAAACAGCUCAGAGAACUCUUGAAGCUGGCUUUCUAAUGAAUUUUGUCUCACUUGGUUGGCCUUUUUUGGAGUAAGAAGAUACUAUCAGGAAGUAAUUACUCUUCUUUCUUCCUGCAUAACUUGACCUACCUGUCAUCAAUGGGCAUCCAUGGAACAGUAAAAUGUGUAUCUUUGGACAACAAGUAAGGACUGCUUCCACAGCAACAU